AUCCGACCGUCACCGCAGUUUUCUUUACAUAAGGAAGCGACAAGAAUGAAUCAGAGCGAAAUCUGUACAUAUUCGAUAUUUCAUUUCUCACUCAGAGUCAGACAUGGCGAGAUUUGGGACUUCUCUACUGCUUCUGAACCUCCUCAUCAUUAUUCACACCUCCGAAUCCGCCACAGCAAGACCUUCCAAUUCCAACCCAACAACAGACUUCAUCAAAUCCUCUUGCAGAGCCACUCGCUACCCUGUUCUCUGCGUUCAAUGCCUCUCCGGCUACGCAACCGUGAUCCGCCAUAGCCAGCGACAACUCGCCAUCACUGCUCUCUCCGUCAGCAUCUCCAGAACCCAAUCAUGUGCCUCCUUCGUCCACAAUCUCGGCCAAGCAACCAGAAUCAAAAAGUCCAGAGAACACAGAGCCGUUCAAGACUGCAUCGAGAACAUGGCUGAUAGCCUGGACCGUCUUCGCCGAUCGGUUCAUGAGCUUGGCCGAACCGGUCAAGCCGGUGGUCAGGAGUUCGUGACGCAUAUGAGCAACGUUCAGACUUGGGUUAGUGCUGCUCUCACUGACCAAGACACGUGUCUUGAUGGCUUUGCUGGUCCUCGUUUUGAUGAGAAUCUCAAGGCUAAUAUUAAGCUAAGGGUUGUGAAUGUUGCUCAAGUCACUAGUAAUGCACUUGCUCUGGUUAAUCGCUUCGCUUCAAGUUCAAGUCAUCGAAAAAGUUAAGAGUUUUUUAUGGGAAUCUUGUGAUGAAUAUAUUCGAGCUUUAUAAACUGAGGUUUUGGGUUUUUCAAGGUUUUGAUUUCCUGUUUGAUGUAUGUGUUUUUGUUGUUUGUAGUGUUCUGUUUUACUUUUGUUGUAAUAGUAGAUCUUCAGCUUCAAGGCUUGUUUCUUAGUUCAGUGACUAUGAAUUAGUUGUUUUGCUUUUGUUGUCA